AUGGCCAAGGCCUGUGCGGUUGCCGGGAGGCCCGCCAUCCUCGAGCGCAUCACCCAAUGGGAAGGUGUGGUCAAUACCCUGAAGGCAGCCAUUGCGGUGGCGACCUGGGACGACCCACAGGUGCUCUUGCGAGAGAUGGAAGGAUGCCGCCUACCCCUGGCGAAUAUCGUCGAGCCGAUGCUGGGUGGUGGCAAUGCUGAAGGGGCAUACGACACGCUCGCGGAGGUCUACAAGAACACGCCCGAUGGGUUUUUGGCAAUGUGCCCCUACCCGCCGGGAGGCGAUGUCGACCUGCUGAUCGUAUCAGACUCAUCACUUGCUCUGGUACCUGACCCCAACGCAGGGAAGGCUUCGUGUUUUUCCGGAGGCGAUCUUCUGAAGCCCUGGGGAGACAUCCGUGGCAUAUAUACCAAAAUGUUGUGGGGCAAAGGUUUGAACCAUAUGGUCCAGUAUAUCCCCGAGGCCAUCGAUGACAUCGAGUCCACCAAUCGUGCACAUGGUCGCCCGGUUUUGCCGGUGUUGGUCAUCGUGGGGUGGGCCGGCAAUGAUGUGUUUGGCGAAGGGGGUUACAGAGGUGUCCAUUGGAUCCACAGGGCUGCCUACAACAAGCCUGCUGCCGACCGGGAGGUCACGGCCAACUGGUGUGAGCGGCAAAAGGCAAGGGUCGAGUGGUCCGUCAACGAACUGGGCCAGCUCAAACGUGAUGAGCCCCGGAUCCUGGACAUCGUGGUCGUUGGGAACGCUGACGCGGAAAUCUUUGCUCUCCCAUCGGCCUACAAUGAGACCAUGCGUGUCCACAUCAGGGCACUGCGAGAGGACCAUGGUAUUCAAACUCUGGACACCACCUUGAUGCUUGCCAGAACUGUGAGAUAUGACAAGGUGCAUUUGGAAGACGACGUCAUCAACCGGAAGUAUGUCACCAACUUCCUCCAGGCCGUCGCUGAUUGCCACCUUGCCUACCUCAAGCUCAUCAGCGUCGACGAUCACUUGAGGACACUCCCAAGAAUCGACGAUCUCCAGGAGCAGAAGAACUACCCGAACCUCACCAUCCUCAAGGCCGCAUACCAGCUUGAAAUCGAUUCGAAUGUAUCCUCCCCAAAAGAUCUUCCUCAGCGACCUGAUCCUGAGAAGCUCAUGUUGGAGGCAGACGUCGAGAUUUUCAACUGGGUGCUUCAAGCUGAGGAGAGCGCCACAGCCUCUGCCGACCGGGAGGUCGAGUCCUGGAUGCGAGACAUUCCUGAAGAGGACCAGGCAUUGGAACCCAUGCACAAUGACAACGCUGAUUCGGACGAUGAGGCUGUCAAAGUUCAGGCCCUCACUAUGGAUGAUCGAAUUUUGGCGAGGCGAAAAGGCCUGUCAGAGGAGCACGACCAAGAAUGGCAAGAUGCCACCUAUGCGGCCGAGGAUGAAGACGAGGAUUUCAAAGGGUGGGACCUCAUCGAGGAUGACAAACGCCCGCCGGGAGUCGUGGCCAGUGACCCAGUACAUGAAGAGGAAAAGGAGCUGGACCUUGACGACCUCGAGACGGUGGCUUCGGUGGAGAUUGUCGAUGAAGAGGAGUUCCACGACGCUGAGGAGGGGCAGGCCGAGCCGAUCGAUGAUGAUGACGAUGAUGACAUGGCCGUGAUCGACAAGGUCUCUUCUAUGCAGGCCUCGAAGUCUGAUGCACGGGGGGACCCGGAGCCCAUGGAUGUUGAUGAUCAGGGCAACAAGAUGGUCCAGAGUACGGCAUCAGCAAAGACGUGGAAGACUGAGAUGGCUCAGAGCACCUCAUCUGCAAAGACAUGGCGAACGGACACAACUGCAGCUGCGUCGGCGGGAGCCACGCCUCCUGACCCGACUUCCAAGCUCAAGCCCAAGAAGAAGGCCAUGCCAAAGAGACUGAAGGUUGUGGAUGAGGGACAUGGGCCAAGUGCUGAGCAGUUUGACAUGUCGAAAUUUGCCACAGCACAGGAUCUGGUUUGGAUUGAGCCGGACAACAUGGCAGGAGUUCCUGUGCGCAAGGUGGACUACGGAAGGACUGAUUUGUCAAUGGACUUCAAGGCAUUGGUGAGGCAUCUCCAAGGUGAACGGCUUGUCGUCCGGAAAGCUCAGGUGGACGCCAGUGAGGAUCAGGGCCAUUCAGGGUCAUCGGCCUUUCUCGUGGAGCAAGGGGGGAUGUCAAGCAUGAUCAAAACGAUGUUCACUUUUGAUGAGAACUUCGACCAGACCAAGAUUGACGACCCAUCGGUCCACCCCGCUUUCUCCGCGAUGCCGGAAGACUGGAUCUCGAACCAGCCGAUGAUCAACGCCUUUGAUAUGCGUUCGGGCGAAUUUUUCUAUAUCAACAGGGCUUAUGUCAACCAUCGGAAGGCUUACCAGGAAGUCCUCAAGGAGGCCAAGGCCGAGUUUGAUCCGACGGAUGUUCUCAUGAGCCGCAUGGAGAUGUUGAUGGAAAAUGCCCAGUUGAACUUUGAAGGCAUCAAAGAGCGCAUUGAGUUUGGCAAGCUCCUCCCCUUUUCCAGGCGUGAAGACAUUGAGGUCGAAAAGAGCACUGCCACCCGGGAGGGUGAGCCGGCAUCAGGUUCUCAGCUGGUGUCCGGCUACACCGUUGGAAAGAUGGCCGCCAUGACAAGCACGGAUGCAUGUGGCUUCCAACGUCGUGGACGGAAUGGACCCGGUGGUGGAAAUUGGAGCCGAGGGCAAGGUCGACACGGAUUUGAGUUGCAAUUCAAGGACAUCUCCUACAACCAGAUCCAAGACACGCCUCAGGUACGCUGUAGCCAUCCGAUCUGCGGAUAUCUGAUGAUGGAUGGGCAUUUGAAAUGCCCGCGCUGCUUCCGGCAGAUGGAACCCGUGACCGAUGCCAACAUCGCCACGGAAGUUGCCCGCCGGGAGGCGAUGGCCCGUACCAGAGGAGUGCCCUUUUCCAUGGACAAGGUGAUCUUCAACCACCCGCGAAGAGGCAGAGUAGCCAGGCAGCCGGAGAAGGGAUCAUCGUCUUCUUCGACAGCCGUCCGGACCAGAAGCACCUAUGGCAACUUGAGAGACAUGGCCAAAAACUACGUCAGAUCUUUCAAGAAAAGGGGCUUCAAGGACCUUGUUGACCGACUCGUCCGCGACCCGUUCUUUCAGUUCAAUGCGGCGAAUCAAAACUUGGUGCCAGAGGCCUUGCUCUUCAUUGAGCGUUUGGCUGGCUGCGUGAGCCCGACCAUUGAGCGCACCAAAGCUCAGGUUCUUGGUGAAAAGCUUGAGAUGGCCACCAAGUUGAUCUUUGUGCCAUCGUCGGAGCGGGAGCCCGACCAACCCUUGGAUCUUCACACCGAGGUGUUUGUGUCGCAUCGGGGCGUCUUUCUCGACAUUGGCCAAUUCGCAGUCUAUGUGGCGAAGUUCAUCAAGCCAAGGCAAAGGCCUCUACCCAUUGUUUAUGGAUGGGGCAACCGUGACUUUGUGCCUGAUGCUUCGGAUGCCAAGGAGAUCGCGAAGGAAUUGGUGGAGUUCAGCAAGCUGCAAUGGUCGAACUUUGCCUCCCAACAGACGCACAAGGAAUCUGAAACCACCGGCGACGACCGGGAGGUCAGUCUUCCUCAUGCAAGUGCAGCCAUCAGCCGACCUGAACAUGAACGACCCCAUCACGAGCAAUUUGAGCCAAAUCUUGGCAAGCCUGCUCGCGGCGGUCCUUACGGCCAGGGCGGUGGUGGAAAAGGUCAUCACAAAGGUGGAGGACAGACCAAAGGAAAGGGACAGCAGAAGGGGAAGGGCAAGCAAGGCCGAAGCCCACCGGGAGGUGUGGCCUACGGUGACUUUGAAGGAGAUUCCUACUGGGUUCAGGGCUACCGCUACACGUGGUACUGGAAUCAACAGCGAGGAGGCGUCGAGUCUCAACAACGGCAGGUCACCGAAGUGGCACGGCGCAAGGCGCUGCGCGAGUAUCUCAGAGACUUGGCGGUCUGCAUGGUCGCAGCGAAGCCAGAGAUCAGCGAUGCGCAGAUGAGAAGACCAUGGGGUAACUGUCCUGGAUCGCUGCUUCCAACGCAGCCCUGGGCCGUUGACCGCGGCUGGGCUGUGAGCAUUCCCGGCUUUCAGGCGGCCAUGCAGCUCUUCAUCCGAGACCUCCGGGGUUCCACGGUGACCCUGGAGGUGGAACAACAGCAACAGGUACGUCAGCUGAAGGAGCAAUUGGUGGCACUUUCCGAUGUUCCAAGCAGCGAGCAAUGCCUCCUCUUUGGUGGUCGUUCCUUAACGGAUCUUGAGACCCUCGCUGAAUGCGGAGUGGAGGAGGGAUCCACUCUCUUCUUGAACUUGGAACUUUGCGGUGGUGGCAAGAAGCGAAAGAAGAAGACCUACACCAAGCCUAAGAAGAUCAAGCAUAAGAGGAAGAAGGUGAAGCUUGCGGUCUUGAAGUUCUACAAGGUGGACUCCAACGAUAAGGUGACCCGAUUGAGACGUGAAUGCCCUCAUGAAACUUGCGGCCCUGGGGUCUUUAUGGCCAUGCACUUCAAUCGCUACUACUGCGGCCGAUGCCACCUGACCUACCUCAUCAAGAAGGACCCCUUCGUGACCUCACUGGAUCGGGAAUCCCAAGGACGGCGCCUAGAGCAGCCGCGAGCUGACGACAAACGACGAGCUGAGUGGCGCGGGUUGGAAAAGUUCGGCGCCGAGCGGCGUGGUUCGGGACGGAUAUCCCCGGAUUCGCAAUGCCGCCGCCAUUUCCGGAACCGCUCUAAACAGCCGUUCCGGCGGCGGCGAGCCAACUUGUUGGCCACGGUGCCCGUUGUGAAAGGUUUGCCAGGAUUUCACGUGUGCACGGGCGCGCCCAGUAACUCCUGUUUUCUGGGCAUGAGACAAGCCAUGCAGCUCUUCAUCCGAGACCUCCGGGGUUCCACGGUGACCCUGGAGGUGGAACAACAGCAACAGGUACGUCAGCUGAAGGAGCAAUUGGUGGCACUCUCCGAAGUUCCCAGCAGCGAGCAAUGCCUCAUCUUCGCUGGUCGAUCCUUGUCGGAUCUGGAGACCCUUGCUGAAUGCGGAGUGGAGGAGGGAUCCACUCUCUUCUUGAACUUGGAACUUUGUGGUGGUGGAAAGAAGCGAAAGAAGAAGACCUACACCAAGCCCAAGAAGAUCAAGCACAAGAGGAAGAAGGUGAAGCUUGCGGUGUUGAAGUUCUACAAGGUCGACUCAAACGACAAGGUGACUCGAUUGAGACGCGAAUGUCCUCAUGAGACCUGCGGCCCUGGUGUCUUUAUGGCCAUGCACUUCAACCGCUACUACUGUGGCAAAUGUCACUUGACCUACCUGAUCAAGAAGGAAUAGAGGCCGAGACAUGGUCGGCGAGGG